CACUGGCAGCAGCAGCAGCACAGACACAUGGGAGGAGGGAAGUGAGGCAGGUGCGGACGGGCCUUCCCCGCUGUCGCCCGCUGUGGAGGCGGAGGCGGCUGAGAUUGAUGCGCUCAUUGCUGCCAGCGUGCAGCCGCAGCUGCAGCAGCAGCAGGACGAGGAGGAGAGGCAGCGGCAGCAGCGGGAGAGGGAGGCAGUGCGGGAGACGUGGCGAGUGGGCAGGGAGGAGGUGAGGGAGCGGGCGCUAGUGGGGCCUCUCUUCAGGGCGCCUCCCCUCUCGCGCUCCCAGCGCCUCGAGCUCCGGCGCAGGGCGCUCACCCUCGACAGCACCGCCGCCUUCCAAGUUGGGCGCAGCAACGUGGUGGAGGGGCUGGCGAGGGCCAUCCGCCUGCACUUCACACGCCAUGCGCUCGUGAAGGUGGGCAUCCGAGGCCGGGCGGCCGGCACGCCAGCACAAGAGAUCGUCAAGCAGCUCGAGGAGGCGACUGGGGGGGUGUUUGUGUCGCAGGAGCCGUCCAAGGUGGUGCUGUACCGCGGGUGGGAGGACGGCCAGCCCGCCCCCUGGGAGGGGCCUCGUGUGAUGCAGGUGACGCCGCAGAUGGUGGCUGCCAUGCAGAGCGAGGCAGGCAGUGACCUGGGCAUGCAGGCCCUUGAGGGCGUGGAUGGCGCGGAAGGCACUGGGAGUGACGGGGAGGUGGAGGAAGAAGGGGAGUCGUGGACAGACCAGUUCGAUCAAGAUGGCACCGAGGUGUCCAAAGGCGAUGUAGGGCUGCUAAAUGGCCACCAGCACAGCGAGAUUCGUGAUUCGUAA